AUGGCUACUGAGCCACCGGCUGCAGAUAUUGAGGUUGGAGUUAGUGAUACUAUAAAUAUAAGCACAGAAAAACCUACUCAGUUAGAGAAAUCAGCAGAGGACACCAUUCAGAAACCAUCUGAAGCACCGAUAAAUGAAACUAAAAAACAAUCAGAGGUGAAUACAGAGAAACUGACAAUGCAUACAAAAACUACAUCUAAGAAACCGGUAGUUGAGAGCUCAGAGAAAUUCUCUGAGGCACUGGAACAGAAACAGGAACACCAACAGGUUGAGAAAAAGGUUGAGACACAGGAUCAAAAUGUGACCAUGGAGGAGCCUUUGAAAGAUGACAUGGUUCUUGCAGAUUUGGCUAAGGCAGUUUGUGACAGGAGUAAGGGUUCUUCUCACAGUCUUGGCGUGCAACAACACCCUCUCAAGAAAGGUUCUUUUGCUCCUUCUUCUACAGUUGGGCGAAAGAAGGAUCUUGAAAAGAUUAAACUUACUAGAGAUUUAUUGGUGGAGUCUAGGUCUGUUAAGACCAUUGAUGCUCACGAGACUAAGGUUUCUAUUGAUGUCAUGCUUAAGUAUGCUUCUCGUAUCUGGUAUUUUGGUCAGUGUCAAUCCAUUGGCUCUCACGUUAAUUCUGGAGGUCUUGCUCUUUUUUGGGAUCCUCUGGAUGUUAAGCCCUCUAAUGGGAUUUUUACUUGGAAUAAUAGAUGGAGUGGGGAGGAAGUGAUUUUUGAAUGGUUGGAUAGGUUUCUUGUCUCCUAUUUUUGGGUUGGCGGCGGUUUGGUUACUAUUUCCAAAAUUCUAGACUGGAAAGGUUCUAAUCAUUGGCCUAUUAAAUUUUUUGCUUCUUCUUUUGCUGCUCCAAAAAAUCUUCCUUUUAAAUUUCAGCUUAUGUGGCUUUGGGACUCUUCAUUGCAUGAAUUAGUGGCUAAGUGGUGGAGAGAGGGAGGCCCUUCUUUUGGCAUAGCUAUGUAUUUCUUUAUCAAGAAGCUUCAAUAUGUCAAAUAUCACUUUAAGAGAUGGAAUAUGUCAUGCUUUGGUCAUAUUAAGUCCAGGAAGAGGAGUGCUUUGGAACGUCUUGCUCUGAUUACUCACCAAAUAUGGGAUAAUGGUUUCUCGAAUGCUCUUGGAAAAGAAGAAUCCCAAACUAUGUGCAAUGUGGAGGAAUGGGAGAUUUGUGAGGAGAUUUUUUGGAAACAAAAGGCUUGGUUUGAUUGGCUUCAGGAAGGGGAUAGGAAUUAUGCUUUUUUUCACCACUCUGUUCAGGCUCAUCAUAAUAAGGGGUAUAUUUCCUCUCUGAUUACCUCGGAAGGGCUUCAGAUUUCAUCUUUGUCAGCUAUGUCUUGUGAGGCUCGUCAAUACUACUCUGAUCUUUUUACUAAAGAUUCCCCUCCUGUUAUGGAUGAGGAUAAUUUGAUUCUUUCUUGUAUUCCCUCUCUGGUGACCAAUGCUAUGAAUGUCUCUCUCUUUCAUUUGGUUUCACUGCUUGAUUUAGAGGAUGUUGUCUUCGGAAUGAACAAAGGUAUAGAUCCAGGCCCGAAUGGUUUUCCUGUUGAAUUUUUUCAAGAGUUUUGGGAUAUUAUUAAUCUGGAUUUAAUGGAGGUGGUUCGGGAAUCUCUUUGUUGUAAGUAG